AUGUUAUUCGGAAUGAUUGCUGCUACUAAGAAAGGAUUAUAUUACCUUUUGGAUAAGAAUAGUUGCAAGCAGACAGGGAAUUUCGUCGUUGUCGUUCUUGGUGGGGCUUCCGAAGCCUUAGAUUCAAGACCUGGAACAUAUUUGGCCUUACAAACUGGAUCAUAUUUGGUACCGUGUAUAUCAUUUGGUGAACAAAGCUUAUAUCAUCAAGUUCCAAAUGAAAAAGGAUCAUGGAUACGAUGGCUACAGGAUAAAUUUACGUCGAUUUCUACCAUUGCACUGCCUAUUUUCUAUGCUCGUGGUCCCUUUCCGUAUCGUAAACCAGUUUAUACUGUAGUUGGUGCUCCAAUUCAAUGCGAAAAAAUAAAUGAACCCACAGACGAACAGGUCGCACAUAUUAAACAAAUUUAUAUAGAAAAGCUCCAAACACUAUUUGAAGAUUACAAGGUAAUUUAUGAUCCAGAAGCUAAUGAUAUUGAAUUUGUAUAA